AUGCCUCCCGCCUCUGACCUCCGUCCAGCCCCGCCUCAUCGUCCAACGCUUUCCAGCGACACCCAGCCGGUGGAUCCCCUCCUUUCCGACGCUUUCCAGCGAUACCCGGCCGGUGGAGUCCCUCUUCUCCGACAGAGAGCGACACCUCCGGUGUCUAGUUUCAUGAGGAGACUGCGAGUAUCACCAAGAGACUUCGGUGUUCCCUUAUCCAACACUUUUGCCAUAUCUUUUGGAGAUGUAAAACCUAAAAACGAGAUGCUCCCGGUUGAUGAUUCACUUGGAUAUGAAGCUGUUGGUGCCACAAAGAUCCCAAUAAUUUCCAGAAAUCCGAUUCAGGCACAAGAUCAUGUUUUGGCAGAGAGAAAGAGAAGAGAAAAGUUGAAUCGAAACUUUAUUUCCUUAUCUUCCCUCAUCCCUAAGCUUAAGAAGAUGGACAAGGCAUCUGUGCUUGAAGAUGCAUCUAUUUACAUAAAACAACAUCAAGAUCGGGUGAAGGAACUGGAGGGAUUAUCAGGAACAAAGAGAAAGAAUGUUCAAGAUUGUGUAUUGCAUGCGUGUAAGGUUAUCUUGGUUACGUAUGCUGAUAAUUUUUUCUCAAUGAUCCCGAUGCUUUAG